GAACGGCUUGUGCAUGCGGCAGCGCAGAAGUCCAACCAAGUCGUCGACAAAGCCCAUCAUGUACACUCUGAGCGUCCUCCUGCCUCUCCUUGUGCUGGUAUUGGCGCUGCUCUCGCAGGACGACCAGCCACUCGCGCUCAAGGUCGACGGCGCCGCGCCCGUCCGGGAGCCCGUGGUCGCCGAGCCCGCGCCAGCGUCCAAGCCGCGCUAUAGCGCCAAGCAACGCCGCGCAGUGGGCUACUUGCAGACAGCCAUGGGUCAUUUUGAGGCGCAAAAGUGGCCGCUCGUUGUCGAAGAGUGUGAGAAGGCGAUCGCCGCCGACCCGGACCUCGUCUUUGGGCAUGCGCUCAUGGGCAACGCGCUCAACGUCAUGAUGCAGUGGGAGCGCGCGGCCGACAGCUGGCGCAAGGCCACGGAGCUCGAGCCAACGUCCUUUGAGUUUUACUACCACCUCGGAUUUGCGCUGUCGCAGCUCUCGCAGGACCAAGUCAACAACCAGAAGAAGCACACGAUUGGCAAGCAAGCCAUCGAGAGCUUCGAGACGUACUUUAAACUGGCCGAGGGCGACAGCGACGCGACGACCGAGCAAAUGUCGUUAGCGCACGCGAGCCUCGCAGCCAUCUACAAGGCGAACAAGCUCGCAGAGAAGCAGGAGCUGGCGCUUAGCCACUUUGAGGCCGCAGCCGCCCUCGACCACACAAACGAGCUCGCGUUCUUCAACAUUGGGCUCUUGUACGCCGAGAAAUACGAAAAACGCGGUGACGAGGCCGACCUUGAGAACGCACUGCGGGCGAUCGAGCGCGCAGUCACUCUCGACCCGACCAACGCCAAGUACGUGGCGGUUCGGGACGCGCUGGUGGGCCAUUCGAGUCCGGCCGAGCUCAUGGCGGCCAUGCAGCAGCUUUAACGCGCCGACAUUCUUGAUUCGUUGACCGAUGGGUAUAGAAAUCUCUGUCAACAGACUCUAUUACAUUGCACACAUGUUUUCGAUGACGCCUUGCUCUACCGGUU